AUGCAACGAGCCACGCGCGUAGCAGCGAGCGCCAGCUUUAACCUAGUGGUGGCAGUCCCGCUGCGGCGCCUCGUCUCAUCCAUGGCGGGAUUCGCCACCGUGCCGCCCCGCGAGGCGAAGACGCUCCUCGAUGCCUCCCACACCUUCCUCGACGUCAGGACGGAAGAGGAAUUCGCGGCGAGCCACGUGGCAGGCUCUGUGAACGUCGCAGUGAUGACUGGCGAUCCCCAUAAAGGCGCCAGUGAGAAGCGCAGCGACUUCCUGGACGUCGUGAAGAGCAAGUUCCAGCCCGACACGCCCAUCCUUGUCUCGUGUUGGGCGGGACGGAGGGCCGCUGUUGCAGCAGAGGACUUGGUGGAAGCGGGCUUCACAAAGGUGGUUAGCUUGGAGGGUGGACUCAAGGCAUGGAAGGGCGAGGGAUACCCCCUUGUGGAGUGA